AUGGCUGGGAAAAUCCGCUACCUGGACUCCCGCCCAGAUGAGCAAUUACGCGGAAUUACCAUGGAGUCAUCUGCCAUAUCGCUUUAUUUUUCUAUGCUUAGAAGAGCAUCCAAAGACGCAGACCCUGAACAAAAAGAAUACCUAAUCAAUUUAAUCGACUCGCCAGGCCAUAUCGAUUUCAGCAGCGAAGUUUCCACAGCUUCUCGACUAUGCGACGGCGCCCUUGUUUUAGUGGAUGCCGUCGAAGGUGUUUGCAGCCAAACCGUCACUGUGUUGCGGCACACAUGGGUUGAGCAUCUAAAGCCAAUCCUUGUUAUCAAUAAACUAGAUCGAUUGGUUACAGAGUUGAAAAUGACUCCCACAGAGGCAUAUUUACAUCUCAGCAAAGUGUUGGAGCAAGUGAAUGCUGUCAUUGGAAGCUUCUAUCAAGGAGAGCGGAUGGAGGAGGAUUUACAGUGGCGAGAGAAAAUGGAAGAACGAGUAAACGCAGCGGCUACCAAGGAGAAUGGACGGACAAAGCAGCUGCCGGAUAACAUGGAUGAGGCAAUCUCGCAGGCUGAGUCAACUGAAAGUCAAUUCGAAGAACCCGAUGAUGAAGAUCUUUAUUUUUCUCCAGAAAAAAAUAACGUCAUUUUCUGCAGCGCAACUGACAGAUGGGCAUUUACGAUACGGCAAUUUGCUGGAUUGUAUGAGAAAAAGCUUGGAUUUAAAAGAUCGCUUUUAGAAAAGUUUCUAUGGGGAAAUUUCUACCUCGAUCCGAAAACCAAACGAGUGAUUGGGCAAAAACAUCUAAAGGGGAGAAAGUUGAAGCCGUUGUUUGUCCAACUUGUUCUGGACACUAUAUGGGCAGUUUACAAUGCAACGACGGGUGGAGGGCAAGGAAAAGGCGAUUCCGCACUUUUGGAAAAAAUCACUAAAUCACUAGGGAUUGCUAUCCCAGCCCAUGUGUUGCGUUCACGAGAUCCAAGGAAUAUUCUUAUCGCGGUAUUUUCCUCGUGGCUUCCGUUAUCUACAGCAGUUUUAGUGUCUGUGAUAGAAUACCUUCCGAGCCCUCCAGUUGCGCAGGCAGCAAGGCUUCCAGACAUGAUUGAAGACUCCCCUGGCUCUGAGGCUAUCAGCCCCCAUGUUCGGGACGCAAUGGUAAAUUUCAAAGCAGGAAAGAAUGACCCUGUUGUGGCCUACGUCAGCAAAAUGGUUUCUAUACCUGAAAGUGAACUCCCUCAAAAUACACGGCGAUCUGGAGGUAUGUUAAGCCCGGAGGAAGCACGAGAAAUGGCACGAAAGAAACGAGAUGAGAUAGCGAAAUUAGAGGCACAGAGCAGCGGAGAAAAAGGGGCGGAUAGCUUCGCCCAAAUAACAUCCGCUCUCCAAGAUGCCAGCGUGGAAGAUAGUGUGAAAGAGAAGGAAGGUCCAGAGCACCUCAUUGGCUUUGCACGCCUCUAUUCUGGCACACUUUCUGUUGGAGAUUCCAUCUACGUUAUCCCUCCCAAGUUUUCACCAUCACACCCCCAUGCAUCACCUGUCCCACAAAAAGCGGAAGUAAAAGCUCUUUACUUGUUUAUGGGACGAAACCUAGAAAACCUGCAGAGUGUCCCGGCUGGUGUUGUGUUUGGAAUCGCUGGUAUGGAAGGCCAUGUCCUCAAAACCGGAACACUUUGCAGUCAACUGGAGGGAGCCGUGAACCUAGCAGGAGUCACAUUGUCCAGCCCUCCUAUCGUUCGAGUUGCUCUCGAACCUGUCAAUCCCUCCGAUUUGAAUAAAAUGAUCAAUGGUCUAAAGCUACUAGAAAAAAGCGAUCCUUGUGCGGUGUAUGAAGUUCUUCCGAGUGGAGAGCACGUCAUUCUCACUGCUGGGGAGCUCCAUCUCGAACGGUGCCUUAAAGAUUUACGAGAACGUUUUGCCAAAUGCGAAAUCCAAGCUGGAGAAGCCAUUGUGCCUUAUCGCGAAACUACGAUAAAUGCGCCCGAGAUGUCACCGCCAAAGAACCCCGACCUACCCCGAGGAACAGUUCUGAAUGUUUCAGCAUCAAAGCAACUGACUAUCCAGUUGAGGAUAUUCCCACUACCUGCGGAGGUCAUUGAGUUCUUAACCAAGCAUGCAGCUACAAUCAAACGAUUCUACUCGGAAAAAAGGACAGUAACCAAUACCACUUUAGAACAAAACAAUAUGCAUAACGAUAUAGAUGAUCAAGGUAAUAUCAACAGCGGCGACACGGCAGCUAGGAGGAUCCUUUCACUUGAGGAAUUCAAGAAAGAGCUGCAAAAUGCUUUCGAUGAAUCCAAAGUCGACAAGGAUAUGUGGAAGGAUGUCGUGGAUAGAAUUGUCGAGUUUGGUCCGAGACGGAUAGGCCCUAACAUCCUCGUCGACUCCACAUCUACGAGCUCAUGUGAUAAAUUGCUCCUCGACACCGCGAACCGAAGCUCUCAAAUCCAAGAGACACGACAAACCAACUCACAAGCCUCAGCAGAUCACCAGCGGCGAAGCAUGGGCCUAUUUUCCGAUAAGAUCUCUUAUGCAUUCCAACUCGCCACUGCUCAGGGACCUCUCUGCAGCGAACCUAUCCAGGGCAUUGCCGUAUUGAUCGAGGACGUCUCCGUCACCAAGACGGGAGAGGAAGAGCUUGGCCGUUUUACUGGUGAAGUAAUAAAAUCCGCGCGAGACGCUGUCUGGCAAGGCUUCCUCGACUGGAGUCCCAGACUGCUCUUAGCCAUCCGAAGUCCUCGGCCGCGUCUACGGUGUUAUAACACGACGACGAGGCCGUAUCCUCUCCGAGACCAUGAAAGAAGGCACGCCUUUCUUCACCAUCCUCUCUCUCCUGCCAGUAGCGGAAUCGUUCGGCUUCUCCGACGAGAUCCGCAAACGCACCUCCGGCGCCGCCUCGCCACAGCUUAUCUUUGCUGGUUUUGA